CAUCACAACAGAAAACAAUUAGUUUCCUAAUCUCAAGACUCUUAUUCUCCAAUAUCAAAUAAGAAGAUAUAUAUUAUAUAUACAAGAUCUUGAAUUAACUUAGAAGAUCCAACCAACAAUGGCGAAUGCAAGCGAUGAGUUCAGACUUACAUCUUCCGGCAUCGAUCAUGAAGGCCGGCUCCCAAGAAAAUACACAUCCGAAGGUCAAGGUACACAGAGAGAUAUUUCGCCGCCGUUAGAAUGGUACAACAUUCCUAGUGGGACGAAAACAUUAGCACUGGUGGCGGAGGAUAUCGACGCACCGGACCCAAAUGGUCCGCUGGUUCCGUGGACUUUGUGGGUGGUGAUCAAUAUACCACCAACCUUGAAAGGGUUGCCGGAGGGAUUUUCCGGCAAAGAGGAGGAGAAGGGUGGCGAUUUUGCUAAUAUCAAGGAAGGGAACAAUGAUUUCAAGCUACCAGGAUGGCGUAGCCCAAAGUUGCCGACGUUUGGACAUCGGUUUGAGUUCAAGCUUUAUGCGUUGGAUGAUGAAAUCGAUUUGGGAAAUAAGGUGACCAAAGAGAAGCUGGUGGAGGCCAUUGAUGGUCAUGUGCUUGGGGAAGCCGUUCUUACAGCAAUCCAUUGAACAGCAGAGUUUCGUCGUUUUUAAUGAAUCUUGAAUAAUGCAUACUUGCUUUCGAUUUUGUACGGGAAUUUUCUUUGUUGCCAUCGUCUAUAGAAAUAUCAAAUACAUAUGUUUUCUUUUUGGAUAAACAGGACAAAAACCACU